CAUUUGGGGGAUAUCUGUACUGUCCUGACAUUUGGGGAUAUCUGUCCUGUCCUGACAUUUGGGGGAUAUCUGUCCUGUCCUGACAUUUGGGGAUAUCUGUACUGUCCUGACAUUUGGGGGAUAUCUGUACUGUCCUGACAUUUGGGGGAUAUCUGUACCGUCCUGACAUUUGGGGGAUAUCUGU